AUGAGUAGAAGACAAGAGAUAAAGGAUAAAGAGAUUCUACAGUUGAAAUUCCAAUCAGCCAUUCAAUCCAACAAUGAUAUGAUAAAGAAGUGGUUGAAUCCUUCUUCAAAUAGCCAAAGUCCAGGUCAAGGCAGUAAGGUCAGUGUCAAUGGAAGUGUAGUUAAAGAUGAAUCGAAAAGUACUGGUACUAAUGAAAAAUCUAACGAAACUUUCUUUGGAUUACCCGUAAUAGCUCCAGGUAAGAGUUUAAGUACAUUAGCACAAUCUGAAGGUACUAUAGGGAAAUAUCUUGACGGAAAAUCAAAAACUAAUAAUACUUCUCAACCUAUGAAUUCUUUACUUAACAAAUUAAAGACCAGUCAAAGGAAUGAAAGACAAAAUAAUAAACAGUUUACUCUCAAGAACCAAAAAAUAAGUAAGAAACCCAAAAAGACCCAUAAAGUAGAGAAACCAUCAGGUGAUAACUCAAGCGACGAAGAAGAAAAAACCUUCACUACAGCUAAAAAAGCCAAAUUAUUAUUUUGA